GCUAUAAAGAAUGAAAACUUGGCUGAUGUUUCUCUUUGCGGGCUGGAUCCCAAUCGAUAUCAGGUUUUUGCUGCUGCUUAUGGGGAGGAGUACUAUACCGUAACAGGGUCUACAAGACACGCAAAGAGAGAAACAAAAAAAAUGUCUCGAGAAAAUAUAGAGGAUAUACUUUUCAACAUUCCUACAACCAAGACAGCUGUUCUUUCAAACUAUUUGCAAUACAUAACUUAUACCCUCUUACAUCUAAACAGAAUACUAGAAGAAGAGGAAGAAAAGAAAGAAGAGGAGAGACAAAUAAGUUCCCCAGCAGACAAAGUGAGUAUACUAGCAUCAAAGCAGAGAGACAAACACUAUAUUCAUCAACUAUUAUUUUAGGAACACCAAGAAGCUUUGGAAGCUCCAACCUUUCAAAUACGAUAAGAGUAAAUUGCCUGUUAUAGCUUUCGGAAAUGGCAUGUUCGGAAAAGAUGGUGUAC